AUGGAGAGGGCUAUGGUCGGAGUUUUUUUUUCUCUAAAAUAUAUUUACAGCACUAAUGCAAACAUGGUCCCCAUACUGAAGGGUAUUCAGAGAAACAAAGACCUCCAGUUGGUCCUGAUCGACGUGCUUAAAGACUCACUCCAGCAGGAAGACGUCAAAUGCAUCGCAGUUAUAUGUGACGCAGUGUACUUGAACGUGUUUGAUGGUGCAUUUUAUAAGAGAAUGUAUGAUAUGCCUAUAGUAAUGAUCGUGGUGGAAGAGUAUGAAGACUUGCUUUCUCCGAAUUUUGAUACCUUAGAGUCUUUGAGAGAAGCGAGGAAAGAGGGAUGUGAUCCAUACGUUAUUCUUCUGGCAAAUGGUCUGCAGACGUCAAGAUUGCUGAGGUUUGGUGACAGAUACAGAAUCUUAGACACAAGAGCGAAGUAUGUAAUGCUGCACGACUACCGUUUGUUCCACAGCGAUCUUCACUACCUAUGGAAGAGGAUUGUAAACGUCAUUUUUCUUCGUUACCACAACAAAAUCACUGGCAUCCUAAAGAGCAAAGCCUGGUUUGACCUCUCCACCGUUCCUUUCCCUAAUCCGAUAAAGAAAAUAUUCGUGUCCAGGAGGGUAGAUAUAUGGAGGAAUGGCAGAUUCCAUUACAACAGGACGUUGUUCGCAGACAAAACUAGUAAUCUCAACGGGGAGGUGCUUGACGUGGUUUAUCUAGACCAUGUACCAUCAGUUGUGGUGACCAAGUCGAACGAUUCUGACAAGGUUGGGGGAGUUGAAAUUGAAAUUCUGAACACACUAUCCGAAAAAAUGAACUUUGUACCAAAAUUGUACCAGCCCAUCAACGCAGACCUCCACAAAUGGGGCACGAAGCUACCCAACGGGUCGUUCUCGGGGCUUCUAGGUGAAAUGCUGAAUGGCAAUGCUGAUCUAGCGCUGGGCAACCUCCAAUACAACCCGUAUCACUUGGAGCUGACUGAUCUGAGUAUUCCAUACACUUCGCAAUGCUGGACCUUCAUCACCCCUGAGGCCCUGACAGAUAAUUCUUGGAAAACUCUGAUACUGCCAUUCACUUUGUAUAUGUGGAUAGCUGUGUUAUUAGUUUUGUUAAUUACUGGCACUAUAUUCUACGGACUGGCGAGAUAUUAUAUGAACCUACAAGAGUAUAAGAAGUACAACAGGCUAGGAAACGACCAAAAUAUUGCCAGCGACGAUACAAAUGAUGCGAAACCAGUCGGGCUGUAUCUGUUUGGACAAAUAAUUAACAGCAUCCUGUAUACAUACGGAAUGCUUCUCGUGGUGUCUUUACCGAAACUGCCUACCGGUUGGUCCAUACGGUUACUGACUGGAUGGUAUUGGCUUUACUGCAUACUCCUCGUAGUCUCAUACCGAGCCAGCAUGACCGCCAUUUUGGCAAACCCAGCGCCUAGAGUUACCAUAGACACGUUAAAAGAACUCGUGGACAGCAAGGUAACAUGUGGUGGAUGGGGCACAGAGACUAAGAGGUUCUUUGAAGAGUCCACUGAUGAAAUACAAACAAUAGGAAAUAGAUUCGAAGUGAUUAACGACCCUUUUGAGGCAGCUAAUAAAGUCUCAAGGGGCGUUUACGCUUACUACGACAAUGAAGAUUUUCUCAAAUACAUUAGCGUUAAACGAAAGAAUAGCUUGAUAAACGUGGAGAGGGAUUCGUUUAAUGAUACAAUGAAUAUUACAGACGUUGAAGUUGCUAGCAGUGAUUCGGAAAGGAAUUUACAUAUAAUGUCCGAUUGUGUUGUAAACAUACCUAUAUCUAUAGGUUUCCAUAAGAAUUCCCCAUUGAAACCUUUAGCUGAUAUAUAUUUGAGGAGAAUCGUCGAAGUAGGUUUAGUAGAGAAAUGGCUGAACGAUGCAAUGUAUCCGAUAAAAUCCCUCCAAUUAAAUGAGGAGGAAAUUAAAGCUCUUAUGAAUUUGAGGAAACUAUAUGGCGCUUUUAUAGCAUUAGCUGCUGGUUACUUUUUGAGUUGUAUAUGCCUAAUUGGCGAAGUAAUUCAUUGGAAUUGUGUUGUUAAAAGGGAUCCAUACUUCGACAAAUAUGCAAUGGAUAUUUACUAUAUGAAGAAAAAUAAAAAACAAUAAUCUAUUUUAGGAUAUUGUAU